AAACCACAGUUGUUCACCAUGGCUCGCACCAAGCAGACUGCUCGCAAGUCCACGGGAGGCAAGGCUCCUCGUAAGCAGCUGGCCACCAAGGCAGCACGCAAGUCUGCUCCUGCCACAGGGGGCGUGAAGAAGCCUCACCGUUACAGGCCCGGAACGGUCGCCCUGCGUGAGAUCCGUCGUUACCAGAAGAGCACAGAGUUGCUCAUCAGGAAACUUCCCUUCCAGCGUCUGGUGCGCGAGAUUGCCCAGGACUUCAAGACCGAUCUUCGCUUCCAGUCGUCUGCCGUCAUGGCUUUACAGGAGGCAUCCGAGGCUUACCUGGUCGGUCUCUUCGAGGACACUAACCUCUGUGCCAUCCACGCCAAGCGUGUCACCAUCAUGCCAAAGGACAUUCAGCUUGCUCGCCGUAUCCGUGGAGAGCGUGCAUAUGCGGAGACUCUUGGAGACUCCUGUGUUGCUGGAGAUGGUGAUUGUGCUUCAACGUCAAUCGAGGCAGUAGAGUCAUCAUCGGAAAACAAGUGUUGGUUUUCAGAAGCAUCAGGUGUAGGUACCUGUGAAGCUGGUGUAGUCUCAGGUGCGGCUGGUGUAUUUUCUGGUGAAGCUGGUGAAGUUGGUGCAGUCUCAGGUACCACUGGAGAAGUAGCUGGUUCGUCUGGAGUAGUAGCAGUGUGCAAGGAUGUUGCAGAGUCUGUAUCAGGUUGCACAGGGUGGGCGUCAGCAGACAGGAUAUCUGCCAAUGCAGUUGAAGAGAUGGUGAUGCUGAUGUUAGAAGCAGAAGUGGUAUUUGUUGCUGAAGUCGUAGCAUUGGUGUUGGCUGAGGCUGUUGUUGUGAAGAGCUCGUCACGAACACAAAAAUUUUUCGGCGCCGGCCAUCACAAACCACAAUUGUUCACCAUGGCUCGCACCAAGCAGACUGCUCGCAAGUCCACGGGAGGCAAGGCUCCUCGUAAGCAGCUGGCCACCAAGGCAGCACGCAAGUCUGCUCCUGCCACAGGGGGCGUGAAGAAGCCUCACCGUUACAGGCCCGGAACGGUCGCCCUGCGUGAGAUCCGUCGUUACCAGAAGAGCACCGAGUUGCUCAUCAGGAAACUUCCCUUCCAGCGUCUGGUGCGCGAGAUUGCCCAGGACUUCAAGACCGAUCUUCGCUUCCAGUCGUCUGCCGUCAUGGCUUUACAGGAGGCAUCCGAGGCUUACCUGGUCGGUCUCUUCGAGGACACUAACCUCUGUGCCAUCCACGCCAAGCGUGUCACCAUCAUGCCAAAGGACAUUCAGCUUGCUCGCCGUAUCCGUGGAGAGCGUGCAUAAGCUAAAACGACCACCCUAGUAUACACCAAACUCGGCCCUUCUCAGGGCCAAAA